GCAGACCGGAGUCACCGGUGUCACGUGCGGCCCAAUUGUUUCUCAGCGCCCUUUAAAGUUUGUCGUCACGUUGUUGUUAACCCCAGAUUUACGACGUUGCGAAUGACCGGCAUUUUUCGAUCGAGGGGCGUAGCGCGAGCAAUUUCAUAAUCUGCCUGUACGCAAUACGUCUCGCUUUUUUUUAAAUAUAAUUUGGGAUAGGUUAGGUCCUAUCGCCGGGUCUCCAACUGAUCGCUCCAGUUUUUUGGCACGAAACUUCUGAUUAUUUGAAUUAUGCUGUUCUUUUAAAUUUGUUCGAUUCUCUUAAUGAAUUUAUACACUUUUAUUGUUCUACCUACAUCCCGCAACGUGUGCAUGAUAAAGUUAGGUUGGUUCUGAGUCGACGAAUAUGAUCACUGCGCGCGCUACUGGAUUUCUUUCCAGGUACCUGUAUCGCGGGGCUCGACGUUGUUUAAACGAUUAUGCAACCUCGACCCCGGUGGAAACGCGAAACGAAGUUAAAAACGAGAGGCACAUUGUCUGGCUCGAUAUGGAGAUGACCGGGCUGGAGGUGGAAACGUGUCACAUCUUGGAAAUUGCGUGCUUCGUAACUGACGAACAGCUAAAGCUCGCGAGCGAUUACUUGAACAUCGUUAUAAAUCAGCCGGAUAAAGUCUUGGAGAAUAUGUCCGAUUGGUGCAAGUUGCAACACAGAAAGACCGGCUUAAUCAAUGAAUGUCGAACGAGCAAGACUACGUUGGAGGAAGCGCAGCGAAGGACGUUGAGUUUUUUGGAGAACCACGUCCCGAAAGGAGUGUGCCCGUUGGCUGGAAAUUCAGUUUACAUGGACAGCAUAUUUCUGAAGAAGUACAUGCCGUUGGUUUACAAUCAUUUGCACUACAGGAUUAUCGACAUUAGCACGAUCAAAGAAUUGGCUAGGAGAUGGCAACCGAACAUAAGUAAAGCAGCUCCAAGAAAGCAACAUUCUCACAGGGCUCUGGACGACAUAAAAGACAGUCUGAACGAGCUUCAUUAUUAUAGGAAAAAUCUGUUUGUAUCAUAAACGUAAAGUUUAUAAUAAAAAUGGACGUGUCGUUCA